ACCAUGCUCUCAUACGCGUUUUAUCACACACACAACUUGCGGCAUAGCUUGAUUCUGACCCUUCCUGGAUUGACUCCUCGGCCUUGGCCCUCACAUGCACAUGCCGACGGGCCUCGGACUUGGGAAAGCUUCUACUGGCUCGUGACCACUGCAGCGUGCGUCGCCUAUGUCGUCCUACAUAUAACUCCUAUGUAUUGCAAGUUUUAGCCCCACUCCGCUUUUGGCUGUAGAAAAAUAAAUAUUUAACAGGCCCUGCCCCAACCCUGCGACAAAACUUUUCACCCCAGAUAAAAACUCCACCUUCAAUUAUUCUGCCUUUGCUUUAUCAUCCAGCAUGACGAUUCUAUCACGCUUGCAAGACAGUUUUGUCCCCCAUAUGCCCACCAAGGACGGCCUUCGUGACCUCCGCCAUAACCAUGGCAGUGCGGUCGCGCCGUUGAACCUGGAAAAACAGCUUGAAAAGGCAUUGACGGAGCAGCAGCAACACAACCAAGAAAACGAUUCCCUCAACAGCGACAACCUCGACAUCAGCUCGACUAACUCCGGCUCUAAGAUUCACGUCUACGAUGCCACCCACCGUAACUUGAAGAACCGACACAUCCAGCUCAUCGGGAUCGGUGCAACGAUCGGAACUGCCCUUUUUGUUGCCAUUGGGUCUGGGUUGUACAAGGGUGGCCCGCUCGGGCUCUUCCUCGCGUUUGUCGUUUGGUCCAUUCCCAUUCUCUGCAUCACGUGCUCCAUCGCGGAGAUGGUGUCGUACCUCCCAAUCUCGUCCCCCUUCAUCCGCAUGGCUGGCCGCUGUGUGGACGAGCCGUUCGAAAUCAUGGCUGGCUGGAACUUCUGGUUCUUGCAGUGCUCGCAGAUUCCGUUUGAAGUCACAGCUGUCAACAGCAUCAUCCACUUCUGGCGGGACGACUACUCUCCGGGGAUUCCGCUUGCCGUACAGGUGGCGCUCUACUUCAUAAUCAGUGUAUUUGGUGUCAAAAUCUUUGGCGAAACCGAGUUCUGGCUUGCCAUUGGUAAGGUUGUGUUGGCCGUCGGCCUCAUGAUCUUCACGUUUGUGACCAUGGUGGGGGGGAACCCGCAACACGACGCGUUCGGGUUCCGCUACUGGAGAGACCCGGGCCCGCUCAACGAGUACUUGUACCCGGGUGCCAGGGGAAGAUGGAUGGGCAUUGUUGCCUGUUUCAUCAGAGCCGCCUUCACCAUUGCGGGGCCCGAGUAUAUCAGUAUGUGUGCCGGUGAAACAGCCAACCCGAGAAAGUCUUUGCCUAGAGCCUUCAAGCAGGUGUUCUGGAGAUUGUCGCUUUUCUUCAUCGUUGGUGCCCUCUGUGUGGGUAUCUUAGUGGCACAUAACGACCCGGCGCUUGUGGAGGCGAUCAAGAUGUCCAAGCCCGGUGCUGCCUCCUCGCCAUACGUCAUUGCCAUGACCAACAUGAACAUUAAGGUCUUGCCCCACAUCGUUAACGCGCUUAUCGUCACGUCCUGCUUCUCUGCUGGUAACUCCUACACCUAUUGCUCCUCCAGAACCUUGUACGGGAUGGCGCUCGACGGCAGAGCGCCGCGCUUCUUGACCGCGGUCACCAACACCGGGGUGCCGUUGUGGUGCGUGUUGAUCUCGUUGAUCUGGGCGCUUCUCUCGUUCUUGCAGCUUGGAGAGAACGCAUCCGUGGUGCUUAACUGGAUCAUCAACCUCGUGACGGCCUCGCAGUUGAUUAACUUCUGUAUCAUGAUGGUCACCUACAUUGCCUUCUUCAAUGCCAUGAAAGCCCAGGGUAUAAACCGAGAUGAGUUGCCAUUCAAGGGCUGGUGGCAGCCGUACCAGGCCUAUGUGGGCCUCGUGUGCGCUUUCAUCAUGACCUUUGUCUCCGGGUAUGAGGUGUUUUUACCGGGCGAAUGGGACUACCAGACGUUCUUGUUCUCCUACAUCAUGGUGUUCGUGAACAUUGCCAUCUAUGUCGUUGCCAAGGUCAUCAAGGGCAUGCUGUUCAUUAAAGCCGCGGAUGCGGACUUGGUCACUGGUUUGGCCGAAAUCGAGGAGCACGAGAUGAUCUUCUACCAGAUGGAGGAGGAGCGUGCAUUGGCUCACGCCGAGUUGAGAGAGCGUUCCGGGAUCAAGGGCAAACUUGUCGACGGUUGGUUGUAUACCUCCAAGAUUUUGUUUGGGGCGUAGGUGUGUAGCUAUUUUUAGAUUUCAUUUCUUGUACGGUGUAUUAAAUUGUUUCCUUUUGAUUGAGGUAGAGCCAAAAAUUAGAACUUUCGGAGCUUUAUCUCUGCCGCCGAUUCAGCUAUACCGUGUA